CCACACACACACACACACACACACACACACACACACACACACACACACACACACACACACACACACACAGUAUCCGUCUGCCCAACACUUAUCCUGCUGCUUGCGUUAUCUGUGAAAAUAACUGCUCUGCAGCUGCUGCUAGAACCUUUGCCUUCCCCUUUCAAGUGGACUUCCAUUCUCUCAUGAUGCGGACAGACCACAAAGGCCGAAGUGCCUCUCCUCACAGGAUUUCAUAUGAGUCCGACUUCCACGCCAUCAAAUGCUCGUUUGACCGUGGGACCUGCCCCAAGCAUGGCUCCAAGAGAGCCUCUUCCCGGUGUUCUUCAUUGCACCAGGAAGGCCGGCCAAACAGCCUCUCAGAUCCCCUUGUGUCCCUCCCGAGCAGUGGCCGAGGGAGAAGCCACAGCACCAGAGGAACCAAAAUCCGGGACAACAUCUUCCUCCAAAUGGACAGCCAACAAUUGAGACAAAAUUGUGGCUCGGUGACAUGUAGUAGUAGUAGUAGUGCAGCAGCCCUCCCUCCCCUUCAAAAUCCCAACCUGCAGCUCCAAACGUCACCCUUUUCCACUUCCAAACAUUCAGGCUCUGUUCAAAGCACCUUGGCCAGCAUUUCAACGCCUGAAACCUUCUUACAAGAUAAACCGGCCAGAUCGGAGGAGGUAAAGGAUAUAGACAGGGCUGCUCUAGCGCAAAAGUUUUCUGUGACCAGGAAGUUGUUUGAGAAUAAAGUGACAGGCGCUGCUAGUCGAGGGCAGGUGUCAAAAUGUCCUCUGCCCCAAGAUGAAAAGGGCUGCUUCGAUGAUGAUGAAUGCACAAAAGAACACUUCAUUAAUAUGUCAUUUCCAAAGAGUACUUCAACAACAAAUCUUAAUUCUCUUAUGUCAAAUGUCCUCAGUGUGGAAUCAACUAAAUCUCCCUCUCGUGCAGAGGAGCAUGGGCACUCCAAGGCAGGCGAGUGGAAGGUAAAAAAGGAGGCUGAAAAAGCCGCUCUUGACUCCAUCUUGACCGCUGAAGAGCCACUCAGGGCAGAGCUUGUCCAUGUAAAAUCGUCAGAGAGUGAGGAAAACGAGGAGAAGGAAAAAGAAUGGGUUAUGUGUAAGGGAGGGGAUUUUAUGGGCAACGCUGUACAUAUCGAGGACCUCGUGGAUGAUGUUUUUGAAGACCCCAGUGUGGAAACGCUUUAUCCUUGCUUGGUGGAACUAAACGCAAGAGAUUGUAGGUCCAUAACGGACAAGUAUGAGCAGGUGAAUGAUCAGUGUUGGGAGGAGCCGAGCCAACUUAGUGACGAGCCAAGAGAGAAGCACUGCAACAUGGGUGAACUUUUGCGAGAAAAUUCUGAAAAAGAGGACAUUAGCAAGACUUGUGGGGAAUUUGAAGUUCAAAAGGAAGCUUGUGUGACGCCUGAGAUGCAGGAAUGUGCCAACACAGACACGCGGGAAGAGGGAAGGAGAGAAGAAAGCGGCGAGGGAAGAGUUGACAUCGCGGGAAACAAAGAGAUGCUUCACAUCGCGAUUGUGAACAAAUGUUUAGAGGAGGAGUCCUGUGAGGAGCAUACAACAUCUGAUCUGGAAAACUCUCUGCACACGGGGAACCGGCUUUCAUUGGAAUAUGAAGAAAUUCCCGGCAUUCCUACACUGUCGGACCAGGACGAUGAUGCUGCGGAAGACCCAAAGAGAAAGGUCCGCUUCUCCUCUGCACCAAUCAAGGUGUACAGCACCUACUGUAACUCAGAGUAUGAUAGACGCAAUGAAGAUAUUGACCCAGUGUCUGCCUCGGCCGAGUAUGAACUGGAGAAGAGAGUGGACAAGAUGGAUGUUUUCGAAGUGGACAUUGAAAAGGGAUAUGAUGGGCUGGGCAUCAGCAUCAUCGGAAUGGGGGUCGGAGCGGACCAGGGCCUGGAGAAACUAGGAAUCUUUGUCAAGACAAUCACGGAAGGUGGAGCAACACAUCAGGAUGGAAGGAUUCGGGUGAAUGACCAGAUUGUGGAGGUGGAUGGCGUAAGUUUGGUUGGGGUCUCUCAACUGUUUGCAGCAACAGUACUCAAGAAUACAUCAGGCCUAGUCAAGUUUCUGAUUGGCCGAGACAAGGAGGGGGUGGAGAGUGAGGUGGCGCGCUUAGUCAACGAAAGCCUGGAGAUGGAGAAGGCAUCACAAAAGAGUCCAAGUGGGGAAUUAGAAACCGAUAUGAGCAUGUCAGAAGUCAUGUCAGUACCUGACGAUGAGGAUGAAGAGGACACAUCUGUACUUUGUUGUCUGGAUAACGACCAGCUGUGCCUCAAAUACCAGAGGCUUCGGUCCAAACUGCAAAGAACAACAGCCCAGCUUCAAAGAGCUAGAGAGAAGUUAAUGGCAUAUGAGGAGGAGCGGACGAGCUGGGAGAGCCAGAAGGCAGACCUGGAACAAAAAGUGGAGGAUGGAGAAGAGAAAGCUGACAAGCUUGAGAAGUAUUGGCAAGAGGCCCAGACACUGUGCAGGGUGGUGAGCCAGCGACUGGCUGAUGCCCAGAGCCAAUCAGACAGCCUGGAAAUCAAGUACGGCAAGGCCAAGAGACGGGUCAGGGAGUACCAGAGCAGAGAGGAGGAGGCGGACAGCAGAGUAGCAGAAUUGCGUCAAGAAAUGGAGGAGAGAGAGAAAAAGUACAGGGAGACCAUUGAAAGGCUUCAACUUGAGCUGGAGAGAAAAGAACCAGUAACAACAGGGAAGUCUGUCUCUGCAGACCCACCAGUGCCAGAUCCAGAAUGGUACGUUCCAGUUCCUGACACAGAACGGCUGGACUGCAGUGCGCACAUAGCUCGAAGUCAGCUGGCCCAGAAUUUCAAACGUCAUCCACCUUCACGAGACAAGCUCAGGGAGAGCCUUAGAAAACAGGAAGAAGUUCAAAAGCCAGAGGAGAGCCAGUCAGAGUCCGAAGGGGUUGUACAGAGGAGCAGCGAAGUUGAACUUUCCGUCGUCACCCCCCCACUCUACAUCACUCACGGCUCCACCACCAUCACCCCGCCAAUCCAGUCCUCCACAUCCAGGAAAUCCAAAAGAAAAAUGCCUGACUUCAGCGGCCUUCGUAAGUCUCUCAGCAAGAGGAAGAGUGAAAAACUGCAAAGGAGGUCCAUGAACAGCAGGGCAUCUUGCGGUGACCUGGUGGACGAACCGUCUGAAGUUUCUUCCUCCGGUUCUGUGACCUCCAUGCCCUCGUGCUUGCCCUUCACUUGGUUCGGAGAGCGAGUGAGGGACAAAGAGGAGGAGGGUCAGAGGGCAAAAGGCAACCGGGAGAAGAUGCGGUCUGUGUCCAGCAGCAGUUUACCUUACAUGACCACCUCUGGGAGAAGAGAUCAGAGUGUUGGCUCUCGACUGGAUAGCUUCAGCAUGGGGGGUCACGGCUCUAAUCACUCUCUUUCUGGACACUCUCACACUUUGACCUUUUCAUCCACGGAGACCUUGGACGACGACCUCCUGCCGGCAAAUAACAACAACCGAUGGCAAAGUCAACCUGUGUUGGAGUGGAGCAGCCAUCAGGUCUGUCUUUGGUUGCUGGCCAUGAACAUGGAGCAAUACAUGAGCGGCUUUUCAGCCAGAGGUGUCGACGGGGCACAGCUGCUCAACAUGGACACCGACAAACUCAAGGACUUGGGCGUGUGUCAAACCGACCGUGCAUCUCUAAAGAAGAAGUUGAAGGAGCUGAAGAAAAGAGAGGAAAAAGAAGAGCGGGGGAGGGAGAAAAGGCGCAAGGAGUCAUCCAAGCGAAAAGAGAAGAAUUUAGAGAGCGACUGUGUGGUGGUGGAGAACGCAUCCGCAGUGGAGUCGCGACCUGGUGGAAGAAUGGCCAGAACUGAGUCACUCCUCUAGAAGCACUUGUCACUAGAACUUUUAAUUUCCACCAGCAUCUUUGCAUCAGCACACUCACAAAAGGAUGACCUUGGAUACCAUUCCCUCAGAAUUUUUUAUUUUAUUUAUAUAAUGAUGGGACAAUAAAUGUCUCACAUUUUCAGCACUUGUCAUUGUUUUUAUACUUGAUCUUUAUGUAUGAUUUUACAUGUCUUUUGUUUUAAUAAAUAAUGCUUUCAACAUA